UCAGCGUGUCUCUACAUGAAAAAACCUACCCCCUUUUUAAGUCACCUGCCUAACCCCUCCUACUACUGAUAUAUUUCUUUCAGGCCUAACUCCAAAUUUUGUCUUUCCUCUCUCCUUUCUUCCAUUUCACUUUCCAGUUCCGCCGAAUUUCCCCCCUAAGGGUCUGAAAUGGCAGCAACAUCAGCAACUACUUUCUCAGUUGGCUCAACCAAAUCUCUUGGCUGCAAAGGGAGCUCAGUAUCACAAUCAAAAGCCUUUGGUGUGAAAUUCAACGCCAAAAACAACCUUAGGAGUUUCAGUGGCUUGAAGGCUGCAACAACUGUAAGCUGUGAAUCAGAAUCGUCCUUUCUUGGGAACGAAAGUGUUGCAGUCCUUAAACAAUCUAUUACUCCAAAGGCCCACAAAGAAAACAAGGGAUAUGGUAACUGUGUUCAGCCUCAAGCAUCUUACAAAGUGGCUAUUCUUGGAGCCAGUGGUGGUAUUGGCCAGCCUUUGGCUCUUCUUGUCAAGAUGUCACCAUUAGUUUCAGAGCUGAACCUUUAUGAUAUAGCUAAUGUUAAAGGAGUUGCGGCUGAUCUCAGUCACUGCAACACUCCCUCCCAAGUUUCAGAUUUCACUGGUGCUGCUGAAUUGGCAAACUGCUUGAAAGGUGUAAACGUGGUGGUCAUACCUGCUGGCGUUCCAAGAAAGCCAGGUAUGACACGUGAUGACCUGUUUAACAUUAAUGCAAACAUUGUGAAGACAUUGGUUGAGGCUGUUGCUGAUCACUGCCCUGAUGCAUUUAUCCACAUCAUUAGCAAUCCAGUCAACUCCACAGUGCCAAUUGCAGCAGAGGUGUUGAAGCAAAAGGGUGUUUAUGAUCCUAAAAAGCUUUUUGGUGUUACCACCCUUGAUGUAGUCAGGGCAAACACAUUUGUUGCUCAGAAGAAAGAUUUGAGGCUUAUUGACGUAGAUGUCCCAGUUGUGGGUGGCCAUGCUGGUAUUACCAUCUUGCCUUUGUUAUCAAAGACAAAACCAUCAACUACUUUCACUGAUGAAGAAGUUCAGGAGCUAACUGUGAGGAUUCAAAAUGCUGGCACAGAAGUUGUGGAGGCAAAGGCUGGUGCAGGGUCUGCUACACUUUCCAUGGCUUACGCAGCAGCAAGAUUUGUUGAGUCCACACUCCGUGCUCUUGAUGGAGAUAGUGAUGUCUAUGAGUGUGCUUUUGUGCAGUCUGACCUAUCAGAGCUUCCAUUCUUUGCUUCAAGGAUUAAAAUAGGAAAAGACGGGGUUGAGGCUUUGAUUUCAUCUGACCUUCAAGGAUUGACAGAGUACGAACAGAAAGCUCUGGAUGCUUUAAAGCCAGAAUUGAAGGCUAGCAUUGAGAAGGGUGUAGGUUUUGUUCAGAAGGAACCUGUAGCUGCUUAGAUUAUAAUACAUGCUGAAGAAAUGAUGACAGGAAUAAAGUAAUUUAGCAAAAUUCAUAAUGGUCGACAAUUCCAGUUUUGCAGUUGAGUUGAAAUUGCUUCUGUUACGGAGAAAACAAUAGUGUUGUAGAAUUGUGUCUCCUUUGCGGUAUGUAAAACUAAGUGACGACGUUGAGGCACUCUUGUCAUGUUCCUUCUUUCUUGUUAAAUCAAGUCUUUCUAUCUUUCUAUAA